AUGACUCGCUUAAUUUUGGAUUCGAAUUAUUUCGUAUAUAAAAAUAAAUAUUAUCAACAAAAACGUGGUGGAGCCAUGGGCUCAGCAUUUACACAAGUCUUUGACAAUAUUUAUAUAUUAGAAUGGAAACACGAUUUAAUAAAACACCAAGCAUCGAAACAUAAAAUCUAUAGACGAUACAUCGAUGAUAUUUUUACGACAAUGAAUACAUCAUUCGAUGAAAUUACAAAAGAACUUGAAAAAGCCGAACAGAAAGAUUUGAAUAUUAAAAUAAAGCCUAUUAUACACGAAACCGUUCAAUUUCUCGAUAUUACUAUUAUGAAUGCCAAUGGGCAAUUAAAAACUUCGAUCUAUCAUAAACCAAGUGCUGAUCCAUAUUAUUUACCACAUACAUCAGAUUAUCCACAUGCCAUUCAUCGUAACAUCCCAUAUACUGCAUUAUUGCGUGCGGUACGUCUCUGUUCAAAUCUCCAUGAUUUUCAUCUAGAACAGCUAUGUAUUAAUGUAUCAUUAUUAUUGAAUAACUAUGCACCAAAAUUGAUUACCAAUCAAUUUCUACCAUUCUUUCAAGUAAAUAAAGCUAAUUUUCUCAUAAAACGAUUCAACAAAUAA